UAAAGUCUUGAUCUUUUUCCCCUCAAUAGUCGGGGGCAUAAAUGUAAGAUGCUAUUAUUUAACUCUCUGACUGGUGCGUCUCACUCUCCCUUCGCCUGUCUAUUUUAGCUAGGCCUCCCCCUUCUUCUCUUCUUCUUACAAUGAUGAUGAAGGUUCGAUUGAGUCAGACGCAGAUCACAUCUUAAUCCAAAGAGAUCUCAUACCAACAAUCUGCUUUUUUUCGUUUUCCCACCGCAAAAUAAACCCUUUAAAAGUUCAGGUUUUGACAAGUUUUUAAGAUUCCCCGAGUUGGGAUUUUUCUUCCUAAAGUUUGUUGGAUUCAAAGGAGUUUGCUAGUGAGUAAAGGGAGUGUAUCGGAGGUUGUUAAUGGGAAGCAUAAAGAGCAGUCUAAAGAAUCUAAAUGCUAUAAAUUUGAUCAUCGGUUAUGUCCCAGUACCAAGGGGAUGAAAUGGAUCACGUGGUUGAUGACUAUGAGAUCGCAGAAGUAGAUGAUGAUGUCUAUUUUCAUGGCAGAUUCAUGGCUGAUUCAGAGUCAGAGGAUGAUGAUGAUGAUGAUGAAUAUGAUCAUUUGGAUAAUAAGAUAACGGAUACAUCUGCUGCAGAUGCUCGGAAGGGAAAGGAUAUCCAGGGAAUUCCUUGGGAAAGAUUGAGCAUUUCCCGAGAGAAGUACCGACAAACUAGGUUAGAGCAGUACAAGAACUAUGAAAACGUACCUCAAUCAGGAGAAAGUUCAGAGAAGGAAUGCGAACCUAUUAAGAAAGGGGGGAUGUUUUAUGAGUUCUGGCACAACACCAGAUCAGUGAAAUCUACAAUCCUUCAUUUCCAAUUGCGAAACUUGGUUUGGUCAACAUCAAAGCAUGAUGUCUACCUCAUGUCACAUUACUCCAUCGUUCACUGGUCAUCAUUAAGUUGCAAAAAAAAUGAAGUCCUUAAUGUUUCUGGGCAUGUGGCACCUUGUGAGAAACACCCGGGAAGCCUCUUAGAAGGAUUCACACAAACUCAAGUUAGUACACUGGCAGUAAAGGAUAGGUUGUUGAUUGCUGGGGGGUUCCAGGGAGAACUAAUUUGCAAGUAUUUGGAUCGACCAGGUGUUAGCUUCUGCUCCAGAACGACCUAUGAUGAUAAUGCCAUCACAAAUGCAAUUGAGAUUUAUGAAUGUCCCAGUGGUGCAGUUCAUUUCAUGGCUUCAAAUAAUGACAGUGGAGUGAGAAACUUUGACAUGGAGAGAUUUCAGCAAACUAAGCAUUUCUGCUUUGAUUGGCCUGUGAAUCACACCUCAUUGAGUCCUGAUGGUAAGCUUCUUGUCAUUGUCGGUGACAACCCCGACGGGAUACUGGUGGAUUCUCAAACAGGAAAGCCCAUUAUGUCUUUAUGCGGGCACGUGGAUUUCUCAUUUGCAUCUGCUUGGCAUCCUGAUGGCCGCAUUUUUGCCACGGGGAACCAAGACAAAACCUGUCGUAUUUGGGAUGCUCGGAACUUGUCAAAGUCUGUUGCUGUGCUGAAGGGCAAUCUAGGAGCCAUUAGAUCAAUUCGUUUUACAUCUGAUGGGCAGUUCAUGUCAAUGGCAGAGCCAGCAGACUUUGUGCAUGUCUAUGAUGCGAAGAAUGGGUUUGAGAAAGAGCAGGAGAUCGACUUUUUUGGGGAGAUAUCUGGUGUGUCUUUUAGCCCUGAUACAGAAUCCCUCUUCAUUGGAGUGUGGGAUCGCACCUAUGGAAGCCUCCUUCAGUACAACCGACGCAGGAGUUACUCAUAUGUCGACUCCCUCAUGUGAUUAUCAGUCUGCAUCUGCAAUUUCCUAUGAACAUGAGGAUGCUAGAUCUGACAAUAAUGUACAUGAUGAUGGUCACAUACCUCAUGUUACUCUGCAGUAGAGAAGAAAUUGAGAAGAGACUUUCUACUGUUAUAGUUUCUUGUUGUGAAAUAAUGUCGGGUGGCGUAGUGUGAGAGGGAAGAAGUUGGAGAGAAGGGCAUGGGGCAUACGAGAGCUUUACUAAAUUUAUAUAGUAAAGCUGUUAUAUAUAUAGAACGGGCUGUUUGAUACAGAUUUCAAUGCUUUUUUAAAGUAUUUUUUAUUUGAAAAAAAUAUUAAAUUGAUGUUUU